AUGGCGACUACGGAGGCGCCCUCAAGACCUCACGACCGUCAUGGCCGCCGCCGCCCGUUCGCAAACUGGAUGAAGCGCCUCGCAAACCUCAAAAGCUCAUCCUCUUCAGACUCACCUGCCAACUCUUCAAGCCACAAGCAUCGGAACAGCACGGCGACAACGAAGAGCAAAAAAUCCGCUAGAAAUAAUCCCUAUCCCUUAUCGGGAACCGUCUACUCGCCAGGCGUAGAGCGUGCUAACAGACAUCUCUCGUUCACGGAACCGGCAAAUAGCUUGCAUAGAAGCGAAUUCUCCCGUUCGGAGUCUUAUAUCGAAGGCAAUGAUAAUCCAUCUCCUGUGGCUGGCCGGAAAUCUGCCGCGCCAACGCUAUCCACGAACGGUGAUACCGUGAUGUCAGAAAUUUAUUCGAAGGCGGGAACCUCAGCGACCGUUGGAGGAGGCAGAAGUUGCCGCGGUGGCGGAGAGGGGAGCACUUUCUCAUCGCCUGCUCCAUCCGUGCGAUCUCUCACCACUACGCUCACAACGGUACAAUCGGGCGCUCCAAAUCACUACAUCACCGGUGUUGCCCAUCCUACAGGCCAUGGAGGGAGCCAGCAGACCGUUCAAUUUACGCAUCAAUUCCCAACGACGCCUGUAUCCGCCAUCCCGCCCCAUGUCACCCCGCAUCCGACAACGUACAUGACUGCCACCGCAAACAAUCUUCUUACGGACAACGCCUCCGUGCUCACACUCGCGUCUUCGUCCAAGCGCCGCCGCCGAAACUCUCUAGACACGAACGCAUCAGUCCGUGCCCUUGCACCGUCAUCUAUCUUCAGUGGUAGUCGCGAGAGCUUGCCUCUCAGUGUUCUCAGCGGGAAUAUGGGAAGUAUCAACGCCACACAAGGCGGCGGAGGGGAGCUAGCAACUGGCACACUGGGUCGAGGCGGAAUGGCAAGCGGCGAACGCGCUAGCGUCUACUCGGCCUCGGGCGUUGGGAUCGCGGAUAGGAGCAGUAUACGUAGUGGACUGCAGUCCCAUCAUGCGCGAAACGAUAGUGCCACCGGCAGUAUAAGUGGCAUUACAGCGAACUCUUAUCUUCCAAAUGGCCCCGGUAGAAUCAGCCGUCGGAGCUCGGGAUGGGGAGAGAUACCCGGCUCCGAGGAUAGUGAACAUGACCAGGAAGAAGACGCCAAGGACGACUCGGACAAGAUUGAAGGUGGGGACGGUAAGGGACAAGACAAAUCCAACUGAUUCUUUGAUAUGAUAUGAUGGUGAUUCCCUGUUUUCUUAUACUGGAUGGUUUUGGUGGAUUCCUGGGAUCUGGGGCUAUUGGUUAAUGUUUAUUGGGUGCAUAUGCGCGAUACAUUGAUACGGGUUCUAAUUACUAUUUCAUUUGCCGUUUACGGGCUAAUCUGAUGCGUCUGUACAUACAUGCCUCAGCUAACUACCUACUCCUACGCA